GCUUUCCGUACGCGUUUGUCUUAUUCCAGUUAUGGCUGCCUUGGAGCUGUGUACGGCGGCAAUGUCCUUAAACAGAAUAAAUCAACAUUUAGGGGCUAUAAUACUAAUUCCGAUACGAAGAGGGUUCGCAGAUUCAACGGGCGUGUCUGCAGCUGGAAGGAGAGGACCCCCGAAUAGAAAGCCGAGGAGGGAGAGUGGACCGCCGCGAUAUGAGAAAAUGUCCACAGACCAGGACUGGACCAGCGUGUACCCGACUGCGGCCGCCUUCAAGCCGUGCUCCGUGCCCCUGCCUGUCCGCAUGGGCUAUCCGGUGGAGAGGGGGGUUCACCCAGCCAAGGAAGGCAAUUUGGAGCUUAUAAAGAUUCCCAACUUCCUGCACAUAACUCCACCUGCGAUUAAGAAGCACUGUGAAGCUUUAAAGCAGUUUUGCACAGAGUGGCCAUCCACCUUGGACUCGGACGUCAGGUGUGAGGAGCAUUUUCCCAUCCAGAUGGAGACCAAGGACUUUGUGUUUGCUGGGCCCUCUCUGAGGAGCCCCGCCAGUCGGGUGGUCAGGCUCAAGGUGAAGCUGUCAUGCCUGAAUCUGGACUUGCACGCAAGGAGGAAGCUGGUGAAGUUGGCUGGGCCCCGGUACUGUAGGGAGACGGACACUUUGACCCUCACGGCAGACAGAUGUCCAUUGAAGAGGCAGAACAGAGACUACGCAAUGUACCUCCUGACCGCCUUAUACCACGAGUCCUGGAAAACGGAGGCCUGGGAGCAGGAGAAGACCGAGGAAGACAUGGAAGAAUACGUAUGGGAAGGCAGCCCCUCACAGAAGAAUGUGGUGGACACUCUGCUACGCAUGCGGCCUGAUACGGAGGCAGAACCCUGCCGGGACAAGCUGCUAACCUCUGCUGAGGUGCGGGAAUAUGGCACCGCAGUCAGCCAGCUGAAGAACGAGGGCGAGAGUGAGGAGGGUGUACUGCGGUACAGGGAGGCUGUGAGACAGUUGCUAAGGCUUUGAGCUCCUCCUGCAUAAACGGGCUGUCUGAGGGCCUCACUGACACCUUCGUCAAACAGAUGCAAGUGCUGAGGCUGAUGGACUGAAGCCCUGUGGCUAUGUGCCAUUGUAUCAUCGUAAUUGCACUGGUUCUGUUAAUCUGGGCAGAAAUCUGUGUCCAGAUCAGAAAGCCUACUGUUCCCGAAGGUGUGUUUGUCACCAGAUUAAAUUGGUUGCCUCUCCUGUCACAUAUCGUUUCCAUGGUUCUGCUGGGCCCUAUAGUAACCGCUCACUCAGAACAGAUUCAAUAGUUGAAGCCGAAACUGUAAACACAUUAAAAUUGUGUUUGAUAUCA